AUGCCCAAACGACCGUCGCGCGGACCCGACGAUGCGGCGCGCAAGAGGCAGAAGGUCGUGCACGAAGCGCCGACUUUUGAGGAGGUGAACACUGCGAGGCAGCUGCAGGGCCUCUUGACCUUCGACCAGGACCAGAAGCGCGCGAGACAUGGCAUCCAAUCCCUCAAAGUCUUCCUCGACGGCUUCAACACCCCCGACGCCGACAACAGCGACCGCUUCGCCCUCCUCCGGGAGUACCUCGUCGCCGCGCAGCCCCGCGACACGAGCGAGGAUGCCGUGUAUCUCCCCGACCUGAUGGAGAUGUGGGCGUUCGGCGCGCAGGCCAACAACGAGGGUCUCAUGUCGGCGGUGCCGGCCGUGCUGGCGCUGCUGCUGCAGGUGGCCUCCUCGUCGCUGGAGCUGCUCCCGCGGGCGCUGGACCUGGCGCGCACGCUGCUGCAGGAGCGCCAGCUCAAGCUCGUCGCGCGCAACCUCUCGGCGCCCAAGGGCAGCGGGUACGUCAUCUCGCCGACGCUGCGGCUGCUGCGCGAGGUCGUCACGAUCGACGGCGGGGCGCUCGCGCGGCGGGUGUUCCGCGCGCGGGACUCGACGUUUGCGAGCUUCGCGCGGAACCUCGAGAUCCGGCACCUGGGAUCCGAAGGGCUCGAGGACCCGUCGAAGCCGUCGGUGCGGACGAACGCGAUCAAGCUGUUUCUGAGCUGUCUCAAGUACCUGCCGUCCGAGGCGAAGAAGGAGCUAUUGAUGCUGAAGGAGGUGUUCUCGCACUUGACGUUUCUGUUGAAGGACGACCCGCCGUUUUUGAUCUCGGAGAUGCUGGAUGCGUUGAAGAAGCACGUGUUGCUGGACGAGAAGCUGCCGAGGGAGGUCAAGUUUCGCGCGUUUAACACCAAGACUCUGGACAGAUUGGCGGGGUUGUAUGCGUACAGGCAUGAUGGCGAGGGGGAGGUGAAGGAGAAGGUGCACGAGUUCCUGGUGUAUGCGUGUACAUCCCCAGGAGCUGGGGUGUUGUACUCCGGCACAGGGCUGUACCCAAAGGAGCUGGAGGACGAGGCGGCGCAGGAUGUCAAGAGCUCAGACGAUUUCGGGCUGGAGCGCGUCGCGUGGAUGGACAAGUACAAGGACGAGGUUGCCGUCGCCAACUUUGUGCUGUCCGAGUUCAUUCAGAAGCUGCGGCCGUGGUCGAGUCUAAAACACAGCGAGCUCAUCGUUGCCAUCUUCCAAGCGGCGCCAGAGCUGGUUGCGAGCUACUUUAUCGGCAACAAAUCCUUCUCCUUCGAACCCAAGCUGUCCAUGACGUGGAUCGGGUACGCCGCUUUCCUUUUCAACACCGUUCAUCUACCGCUACCACCGCAUUUUGGCCCGACAAACGGGUACCGCCGUGUGCCUCCGCCGACGUCGAUCCUGCUCGACAACAUCCUGCCGCUACCCCUGAAGCAGCGUGAUUUGGUGCGAUGUCUUUCGCACAAGUCGACGCUGGUCUCCUUCUUCGCCGUCCGCAUUCUCGUCCUGGCGCUGCAAAAGCUGGAAGUCGCUCUCAAGAUGCACCGCGAGGCGGCCGAGUCGGCCAAGUCCACGUGGGACACGGCCUCUCGCAAGCUGAUUGACGAGUUCUGCCAGAAGAUCCCCGACAUGAAGGAGGUCACGAAGUGCUACAAGGCCAUGGCGGAGGAGAACGUGCUCCAGCGCGAGGCAGCUAGUCGGCUGCUGCUGCUGUACUACGAGGUCAUCCCGCAGGUCGCCCUGCGCGCCAACUUUGACGUCUCGCCGUUCCUCGUCAACGCGCUCAACCGUCUCGACGGCACGGCCGAAGAGCCGCAGAACCAGGCGCUCGCGCUCAUGGAGCUGGAGAACCUGAUCGCGAUCGCGGGGUAUUCGCCCGGCAUGAGGUGGUUCGCCAAGGCGGAGGGGCUGGCGGCGUCGCCGUUUGUCGCGCUGCUGAAGUUGUACGUGGAGAACGCGCAGGGCAGGACGAAGCUGAAGCAGGUGCUGGAGUCCGUUGCGGUGCAGCACCAGCUCGUCCUGCCGGAGACGGGGCUCGCUCCCUUUAUCCGCGCUGCGAAGGGUGUGAAGAAGGGCAAGGCAAAGGAUAUCGACUUUAUCUGGGGGUAUCUUGAUAACUGUGCCGGACGGUGCGCCGCGUCAGCCCUGAAGUAUGUGGACUUGAUGCAGGAGAGCGUAGAGGACGACGUUUCUGCGAGUUUGAUACUGGCUGCCAUGGUGGAGCAGCUGCCGUUCAUCGCUGACAAGACGACGGAUAAAAAGGAGUUGGAGCUGCUCUCGAAGUUCCUGGCGCUUGUGCUAAGUUGUGCAAAGACAAAGGGGGAGACGUCAGCGGCGAUUGAUGCGCUGGCGAAGAAGAUGUCUGCAAUACUCGACGGCCGCGCCGCGGCCGUUGUGCCUAAGUCAGACAAGAGUCUACUCGGUGACGCCUCAGAAGAGGCGGACGAGUCCGAAGACACCACCAAGCCAGAACGACAAAAGGCAGCCACCGGCGGCGAGCUGGACGACUCCUCCCUUGUAGCCAUCCUCGACGUGCCCUUCGCCGACGACGAGGACAACUCGGCUCUCCUGAAAUGGAACUCCAAGAGCGUCGAGGACCUCAUCGACGACGGCCACGCCGCGGCGCUCAUCCGCCUUCUCUGGUCCGAGCACGCCAGCAUCCGCCAGGAAGCGCUGACCAACAUCAUGAAGAUGGCCGCCCGGAUCAAGGAGUCGUCGUACGAGGAGAAGGACCAGAUCUGGCUCCUCCUCUCGGAGCUGGCCGAGUCGGCGCGCGCGCUAGUAGCCCGCGGGCCCGUCGCGUCGCCGCUCGUCGCCUUCGCGAUCGCGGCGCUCGACGUCCUCCGCAACCCGCUGCACUGCCUCUACGCCAAGGUCAACACGUUCCUCACGCGCGGGCCCGUCUGGCAGGCGGACAAGGUGCCGCUCGCGCACGACAUCCUGCACGGCGCGCCGUCGGACGACGACCGCUACUACACGGAGGUGAGCUGGCUGCUGGCGUACCUGCUGGAGGGGCUCCGGGGCCCGGCGGACCUGGCCGUGUUCCACCAGAAGAAGUGGUUCGAGAAGGUGUUUGCGCUGGCGGCGAAUCCGUACCUGCGGGCGAACCUGCGGACGAGGAUAUUGCGGGUGGUGUACCGCGCGACGUGCGUCGAGGGCGGGAGCACGACGCUGGCGACGCGGUUUGGGAUUGUGAGCUGGCUGGAGGCGCAGGAGGCGCGGUAUGUGGCGGCCGGGGACGAGGAGGUGGCGAAGGUGUUUAGGGCGCUGAGGAGGCGGGUUUGGGAGACUUGUGAUCGGGAGAGGGUUGGGGAGUGGAGUCGCGGUGGUGUUGUUGCGGCUUUGGAGGGUUGA